AUGGCGAGAAUUGUGACAAUCCCUAUGACAUCACUUAACACCCACUUGACAUAUGACAAUAUUUACUGUGCCCAGUGUCGUAAUGACUAUCUUACAGUAAAGAAUAGUUCUAUUCGAGUGUGUUCUGAUAGGUAUCUUCAGCUCAUUUCCGAAGUGCCAAAUGAGAAUAUAAAACUUCCUAUGUUUAUUAUCAGGGCCAUUUCCACAUGA